AUGGCCGUUACAACGAUCAACAUCAAGGUGAUGUCCGAAGAAAUUAUCAAACCAUCCAACCCAACUCCAAAGAACCUUCGUUUACUUCAAACAUCAUUAUUCGAUCAUGUAAACUCCCCCACCCUUAUGCCUCUUGUCUUCUUUUACCCCAAAAACAUCACUACAAAUAUUGAUACAAAUGAAAUCUUGAAUCGUCUCAAAAGAUCACUUUCCAACACAUUAUCGGUGUUCUAUCCACUUGCAGGACGCGUUCAUGAUGAUGCUAACUACUUCAAUUGCAAUGAUGAGGGCGUUCCUUAUGUUCAUGUCGAGGUUGAUAAGCCAUUAGACAUUGUCAUUCGUGACAUUGAUGUAUCUCAGCUCGACAAAUUGUUACCCUUCUAUGGUCAGGAAGGGUUUACAAAGUUGUUGUUAGCCAUCAAAAUCAAUGUUUUUACGUGUGGUGGACUUGCCAUUGGGGUUAGGAUGAGCCAUGCCAUUUCUGAUGCCUUUUCAUUAGUGAUGUUUGUCAAAACUUGGGCUUCGAUGGCCAAUGGUGACAGCCUUCACACAAAUUUGGGUUCCGUGCUCCCUUCUUUUGAGAUGUGGAAGCUAUUUCCACCAUCAUUGUCGUUGAAUAUGUAUGCCAACCAAAAUACUGAUCUCAUAAAGGAUAAACCAAUAACCAAGUGGUUUUUAUUUGGCGAAGCCAAGCUAGAAGAUCUUAGGUCAAAACUUCUCUCCAACACGAACAUGAAUGAUAUUGAUCCUCAUUCUAAACUCCCCUUGUGUUCCUUAAGCAUGGUUUUAUCAGCUUUCCUUUGGUGUAGAGUCAAAGUAGCUUGUCAUAAUUUUGUUAAUGAUGUACCCCAUCAAACCUUCCAUGCAGUUAAUUUACGCUCUAGAAUAAGUCCAUCUAGUGGAAGAUUGUACUAUUUUGGUAACACUUUUGUCAACGCCAUAGCCAAGCUAGGUGUGGUGUCAAAGAAUGAUGCUAACAGGACUCGGGACGAGUCUUUGAUGCGUAACUUCUUGGAGCAGAUGAAUGAAUCCAUUGCAAAAAUAUUAAGUAAUGAUGGAUUUAUAAGGGAGAUAAAAGAGGGUUCAAAGGACCUGAGAUUUGUGAUGGAACACUUUGAAAGGGAAAGUAGAGGAGAAAUAAUAUCACUAGGGUUUAGCAGUCUACGAAGUUUGCCAGUAUAUGAAGCUGAUUUUGGUUGGGGGAAGCCAGUUUGGGUAACCUCAGCUACCUUAAUGUACAAGAAUUUGGUCAUUUUGAUUCCUGCUGGUCCAUCAAGCAAGGACAUUGUAGCUUAUAUCAAUUUAAGCGCCAAAGAUAUGGCCAAACUCGAAAGUGAUACAGAAUUCACUUCAUUUGUGUCAAAGAUGAUACCCCGUAUCAAUAGCAAGUUGUAA